AUGCGGCUAAAAUGUGUGAUGGGGAAAAUCAUCGAUGAGCGUCAGUUUGCAUUUAUUGAGGGUCGCUCUAUGCUGAAUAGUGUGGUUAUUUUAAAUGAGGUGGUCCAUGAAGCUAAACUCCGCAAGCGUUCCACUCUCAUCUUCAAAGUAGAUUAUGAAAAGGCAUAUGACUCGGUUGAAUGGAGCUUCUUGCUGUAUAUGUUGAAGAGAAUGAAUUUCAGCAACAAAUGGAUUAAUUGGGUCUAUAGAUGUCUUGAGUCAGCUACUGUUUCGGUAUUGGUUAAUGGUAGCCCAACUGGCGAAUUCAAAAUGGAACGUGGCCUCAGGCAAGGGAAUCCCUUAGCACCUUUCCUGUAUCUAAGUGCGGCUGAAGGUCUCAAUGGGUUUUCAUGA